UUACGUUAAGGAAGUAGUCUGCAAACACGGAGCAGAGACUGAUGUAAACGAACUAUCACCCAGUCUGAACAUUUAACGGUCGGUAGAAAUGAGCCGCGGCCGCAGCGUGACCUGCAAACUUUGUCAGCAGUCCGGUGAGACGGAGUCAACCGGGGCGUUGUCGAGCAAAGAUCAAGUCACCGCUCACCAGAACUGUUUGUUGUUUUCCUCUGGUAUUUUUUGUCGCAACUCACCAGAGUUUGAUGACCUGUUUGGCUUCGCCGUCGAGGACGUGCUUGGUGAGAUCAAACGAGGAAGCAAACUGACUUGUUACAGAUGUAAGAGAAAAGGUGCCACAGCUGGGUGUGAAGUCCAACGCUGCAAGAAGUCCUACCACUACCCCUGUGCUGUUCAAGAGGGAGCUCAGACUAUUGAAGAUCCAGAAAACGGGAAUUAUGGGCUGUACUGCUCCAAACACUAUCAACAACAACAAAAAAGGAGAAACGAUGGUUCUGUAAACAGGCUCAACUCCUCCAAAAGUUCCAAAACAGCUGGAUCAUCUCAGGCAUGUGACAAACAUGCUCCUUCAUCAUAUCAGAGAGACGCCAAUGACAAUUCUAUGGAGGCUGGACCGUCUUUUUACCACAGUGACACAAACUCAUCCAGCAGUGCGACGCAUCAGACUUCCAAGAGACGGUUGAGUUUCAGUGAAAAACAGAAGGAGAGCCCCUCUAAGCGUAAAGUCAUGGUGUCGAGAAUAUCCGAUGAUUCUUCAAAUUCAGAUGACAACGAACCUAACCCUGACAUGGAAAUAUACCCUCUUGUAGAGUCAGGUUUAGAAGAGAGUGGAAACUCUGCUCCAGAACAGCCACUCACCAGAAAAGACAACGAGCGUCAGACAGAGUCGGCCUCAGCAAGGCAACAAGAGGACAGGAGCAGCUGUAGAAAUAGAGAUGAAGAUGAAACACAAAUAGAUCUGGUUGCUGAGUCAGAGAGUCUGCUGCUUCCUGUGAAGAUCUCCACGGAGGCUCAGUCACGUUCAGAGACAAGUUCUGCACCCUCACCUCAGAAGAUAUCAACUCAAUCUCCCAAAGUGAUUUUGGUUAAGGCGGAGGAGGACAGGAGAGAAGAUGAGGGGUCGGUUCCUGAGCAGAAUCCUGUCCACCGUCCUGAUCAACACACCACUGGACCCUCUGUCCCACAGCAGAGCUCCGCUGGGAUCCCUCCUGGUCCUGACCACAACAAACCCCACAGAGUUACUGACUCACCUCCGUGCAUCAGCUUGGCCAUUUCUGCAUCUCCACCUGAAACCACCGCUGUGUCCCUCAUCUCCUCCUCCUCCUCCUCUCCUGUGGCCCCUCCCUCCGACCCAGAGCUCAGCAUCGACUCCUCUAGUUUCUGGAGAAGCUGCAACGCGGCAGGAUGUACACAGGCCAUCUUUAAUGAUUUCAUUAAUGACAUGAAUGAUAUCUCCCACAGAAUUCAGUCAGACCAGGCCAGCCAGGAGGAUUAUGAUUUUGCACUAACGGUGAUGGCAGCUUCUGGGAAGCUGGCAGACCUCGUGGCCAAGCAGCAGAACGAAUUACAACGGAAACAAAUGGAGCUGAAAAAGGCAGCAGCAGCUAUGACGGAGGUCAUCUCAGCACUGAGGAGAUGAGUCCAUCAGUAGCGACUGUAAGAACAUGGACAUCAAGGUUUACACAGGUUUAAGCUUUCUCUUAUUUUUUUUCUAUGAUUCUCACUGUUGUUUUGUAUUUCAUAUCAUUCAUAUUGGUAUUUUAAAAUUUUUAUACAAACUAUAUAUUUCUGUUGACUGUCUCAGUAUCUAAGAUGGUGGAAACGGCUGGAUAUGGAAAUAUUAAACUGUACCAAUAUUUGGCACUAAUAAUUCAAAAGCACUUAAAGAUUUAAAAUAAUGAAUUUUUCAGUGUUGUUAAAUUCCAGCUCGUGUUUCACUUCCACUUAGAAAACAUAUAAAAAAUAUAUAUGAAAUAAGACUGGAAUAUCUGAUUCCAAAACCUAUACUGCACAUGAAGAACUGGAAAGAAGAUUUGUCUUGAAAAUGUUCCAUAUCCAGGUUUAUAAACUAAAUUAGAAUAUACUUCAGAUUUUUUAAAAAUAUGUUUGUAUUGAACUAGUAAACAAAGAACAGACAAGCUAAAAUAAUGUUGCAGUUACAGUGGUUGAGUAUUUGCAGGCAAAUAUCUGCAUCCUGUAGAAUACAAAAGUCAGUUUUAAUUACAUUAUUAGAAGGAUUUGUGUUUAGUCUUCUUCGUUUGGUUUACUUUUUUAACUGUUAUAGAUUAAAACUGAUAAAUGCUAAUUUGAAGCUGAAAUAAUGUUGGUUUAUGUUUCUUGUUCUUAAGAUUUUCUUUAUCAAGUUGUUACAUAUCUUCUGUUAUAAUAACUGACAUUGUCUGACAUUGACUGCUGUUAAAAGCAUACUGUGGUGGUGGUAUCCUGGAGAUAAUUUAGCUCGAUACAUGGUGAAACAAAACACCCUGUGGUGGCGGACUUGCUUUACAAAUUGUGAAUGCUGCAUUGUGUAUUUUUGAAGAUUGUUUAGAUCUUGGCUGUUCCAUUGUGUUAAUCACCUGUCAAACUUAUACUCUUGCUAAUAUUAUCAUGGUACAUGAAAAUCUUAUUGUAUUUUUUCCAAUUUGGUUAAC